AUGACGCGUACGAGCUCACCACCGUCCUACACCAGCUUGCCGUCGUCGCCCACCGAGGAGGAGUUCCCGAAGAGGUGGCUGUCCCGCCUAUCGCUACGCAAAGGCAGUCUCCCAGCGUACUUUGCGGAGAUUGGGCGCGGCGUACCCGGACGAAGCACUUCUCGGCGAAGCGGCUUGGUCCUCCUCCUCGCCGCCCUCCUCCUCGUCUCCCUCACCACGCUCUCGCCGUCGACACAGACCCACCUGGUCUCACAGUUUCGACGAUCUCACCCCGACAAUGCCCCUCGCAACCUACAGCUCAUCCAGCGACGGGUUGUACGCAAGCUGCAGGUGCGGGAAGAACCCUUGGUGAUCGGUGUCGCUGGCGGGUCAAUCAGCAAGAUGCCGAGCGCAUAUGGCGAACACCUCGUCGCCUGGCUCAACAGGAACUACGCGGCGCGUCGCGGUCCGCACAAGCUUGUCAACGCGGCGAUACCGGCGUCCGAGAGCGGCGUCUCGAGCAUCUGCCUCAACACCCUCUUCGGCUUCCGUCCGACCGCGCACGACUCGACAGAGCCGCCUAUCGAUCUUCUCCUCGUCGAGUUCGCCUACAACGACAACGCCCUGCCCGUUGGUCGCGAGGGCAAUCCAGAGUUCGAAAUCUCCCGGACCGCCAAUUUUGAGCGCAUAUUCCGCACAGCGCUGUCAUGGCCUGUGCCGGUCAUCGUUGUCGAGGUCGCCGGUUUCGCAGGCGACAUCCGCGUGGCAACACCCAACAACUGGUUCUUCCGCUCGUCCGGCCUCGACCACGCUCUCGUCGCCCAGCACUACUCGGUCCCCAUUGUCGACUUUGCCCUGCAACUGUACACCUACCCCGACGCCAGCGACCUGCCCAAAUUCUUCGUCGACAGCGGCAUCCACCCCUCGCCUGCGGGCCACAACCUCAUUGCAAGCCUCAUCGCGCAAGAACUCGUCUUCCACCUCUCGCUCGGCAGCAGCGACACUCCGCUCGUCAACCUCCAGCUUCCGAAUAUCAGCGGCGUCAGCUGGUCUCGACUCGCCUCAUCCUCCGUCCACGGCCUCCCCUCACCAACCCCCAGCCUCGAAAUCGCCUCGCCUCUCCGCCCGCUUCCUGCGCCUCGCUGGCAACUCGGUUCGUCGCCGUCCUGGGACUGCGUGUCGAGCCAGAUCGGUCCAACCGUUGCGCUGCUCAAGAAGUCAGUCGUCGCGUCGGAUGGAUGGGAGUACGGAGUCGACCUCUCCGACGGCGGCCAGACUCGAAGCGGUUCACGACCUGGCUUGACGGCAAACUCGACAGGCGCCCAUCUCGUCCUCCGUCUCACCGGGGACGGCGACGGGCGGACCGCCUUGCUGUACCGGAGGUCGUGGCAAGAGUCGGCGGAUGCGCUCGUCUGGGUUGACCAGAACCCGGACGACGUGGCAGGAUGGGAGGAGCGGGAGGGCCCGCGCUGUCCUCCUGAGCCAAAGCUGCUCCAGGGCAGCUGGGACACGCCAUCGACGCAGAUGGUCAUCGACGAAAUUUGCGCGAGCAGGCGGAGCUGGUCAGGGAGGAUCGAGGCGGAGAAGGAGUCUUUCUUGCACCUGUUGACGGUGCCUGCGCGGACGGGCAAAGCGGGAACGUACUUCAAGAGCUACGGGUUCGCAACAGCCGAGUAG